AGGCGUUUAAAAAUGCUUAUCGCAUAAACUCAAUCUCAUUCUUUGUAAUAUUCUCCCACCUCAUUUUCUUUUCCUUUCUUUCCUUUAAAAGUCCUUCAAUACUCUCAAUUCCUUCCUCGCUCUCUUUUGAAAAAAAACAAGGACACUCGUCUUCUUCAAGUUUAGGUACUGUAGGAGUGAAGAAAAAGAAAAAGAAAAAAAAGAAAAAAAUGGUGGUUUUCAAGGUUUCCAAGGUUGAUACCAAGCCUUUCGAUGGCCAAAAGCCUGGCACUUCUGGUCUUCGCAAGAAGGUUAAAGUUUUCACUCAACCAAAUUACUUGCACAAUUUUGUUCAAUCAACAUUCAAUGCCCUUUCAGCAGAUAAAGUUAGAGGAGCCACACUUGUUGUAUCUGGUGAUGGCCGUUACUAUUCAAAGGAUGCUAUUCAGAUCAUAACUAAGAUGUCUGCAGCCAAUGGAGUAAGACGUAUUUGGGUUGGUCAAAAUGGUUUGCUGUCAACACCUGCUGUGUCAGCUGUUAUACGUGAAAGAGUUGGAGCUGAUGGAUCCAAGGCGACAGGCGCUUUUAUAUUGACAGCAAGUCACAAUCCAGGCGGUCCUCAUGAGGAUUUUGGGAUUAAAUACAACAUGGAAAAUGGUGGACCUGCUCCAGAGGCCAUCACAGACAAGAUCUAUGAGAACACAAAAACAAUAAAGGAGUACUUAAUUGCAGAUCUACCUGAUGUAGAUAUCACCACACCAGGUGUAACAAACUUUACGGGCCCUGAAGGACAAUUUGAUGUUGAGGUUUUUGAUUCAGCAAGUGAUUAUCUGAAACUGAUGAAGUCAAUUUUCGAUUUUGAAUCUAUCCGGAAGCUGCUGUCAUCUCCUAAAUUCUCAUUCUGCUAUGAUGCACUGCAUGGAGUUGGUGGGGCUUAUGCAAAAUGCAUUUUUGUAGAAGAGCUUGGUGCACAAGAAAGCUCUUUACUGAACUGCACACCCAAGGAGGAUUUCGGAGGAGGACACCCAGAUCCCAAUCUGACUUAUGCCAAAGAGUUGGUUGCUCGAAUGGGAUUGGGAAAAUCAGGCACUCAAGAUGAGCCCCCAGAAUUUGGUGCUGCUUCUGAUGGUGAUGCAGAUCGUAACAUGAUCCUUGGGAAAAGGUUUUUUGUUACUCCAUCGGAUUCUGUUGCCAUAAUUGCUGCAAAUGCAGUUGAUGCCAUCCCAUACUUCUCUGCCGGUUUGAAGGGAGUUGCCAGGAGCAUGCCUACAUCUGCUGCCCUUGACGUCGUAGCUAAACAUUUGAAUUUGAAAUUUUUUGAGGUACCCACUGGCUGGAAAUAUUUUGGUAAUUUGAUGGACGCUGGAUUAUGUUCUAUUUGUGGUGAAGAAAGUUUUGGAACUGGCUCGGACCACAUUCGAGAGAAAGAUGGGAUAUGGGCUGUUUUGGCUUGGUUGUCUAUUCUUGCUCACAAAAAUAAGGAAAACCUUGGUGGGGGAAAGCUUGUGACUGUUGAAGACAUAGUGCGCCAACAUUGGGCUACCUAUGGUCGUCAUUAUUAUACUAGAUAUGACUAUGAGAAUGUGGAUGCGGAAGCAGCAAAGAAACUAAUGGCAUAUUUGGUCCAACUGCAAUCUUCCCUUGCUGAUGUAAAUGGGAUUGUGAGUGGCAUCCGUAAAGAUGUUUCUAAGGUUGUCCAUGGUGAUGAAUUUGAAUACAAAGAUCCUGUUGAUGGUUCCAUCUCGAAGCACCAGGGUAUUAGAUACUUGUUUGAGGAUGGAUCUCGAUUGGUGAGUUUCAUUAUGAAAGCACCGGGUGUUAGUAGUUUAGCGGCUUUCGCUAAUGAUUUUAAUCUGGGAGAGUUUGCAGCUGUUAUUUUUGUUAAGGAGCUGAUGUUAAUUCUCAUGAUUGGCUUGGUUGAUUCUUUGUUUCUUUUAGACAUCCUUCCCUUAGACUUGCUAUGAAACUUUUGGUAUAGACUAUAGACCAAUAGCAUAUGCAGAAUUGUCCAUCAUAGUUACUCUUAUUGGAACUCAUUUAAUCUAAUUCAUUUAUUCUUUUUUA